GAACUACGAGGAGAUUCGCCCGCAUCAGAUAAUCAGAAACAAGUCUCUCUCACCGCGAUGGCAUUAUCAAUUGUUAUCUUAAAGCGUGCCUUUACAUACUCUUUUACACCUCAAACUUCACCCCAAGUGAUACUUGUACUCUCAUCAGAAAGACAGGAGUGAUAAGAGUCUGCUUCGUUUCUCAGCUUCAAGGUCGCUUGCUCACUUACAACUAGCAGUAAUACUCAGGCACAAUAUCAACCACCUACAAUCCUACUUUCAUAUCUGAAGCUUUCUGCUUCAAGUCUGUCCAUUUGUUUAUUCCCCAUGCAAGAUCUUUACAGUUCGUGAAACCCACCUACCAUAAAUUGUUCUAGUAUCUGCACACCAUCUUGCAUUUGCGCCUUCCGAGUAUAAUGGCUGAAACAUCAAACCACCGUCAAUCUAUUGGAGAACCCGAAGACCCACUCGAAUCACCCUCACGAGAAAGAGAUCAAUGGGAAUCUACUGAACUCUCAGAAUUGGAACACAUUAGGCAGAAUUAUACACACGCCUCAUCUACUCAUGCAUUGGGUCCUGGUAGUACAGCACCCGAUGGAUUUUUUGGUCAAUUGGCUUUUAAUGUCUCAAAGUUCUGGAGACACCAAAUCAGUGUAACCGUUGACCAUGUUGCAUGUAGAGAUCAUCUCGCUCUCGAACGCACUUUCUUAGCAUAUCUCAGGACUUCACUGGCCUUGUCAAUGUUGGGCGUAUCAAUUGCACAGCUAUUCCGAUUGCAGCAUUCCCCCACACCAAACCCACUCAUAGGGUUCUUCGUACUUGGCAAACCUCUGGCCUGCAUAUGUCAAGGUGCUGCAAUAACAACUUUAUUGGUGGGAAGUAUCAGGAGCUGGAGACAUCAAAAUGCCAUUGUGAGAGGUAAAGCUCUUUCGGGAGGAUUUGAAGUCCUUCUCAUCGGGGUUGGAUUCUUCCUUAUUUUUCUAACGUUCCUUGUGCUUUUGAUUGCUGUGGAUGUCAUAAAAGAACAUCUGAAGUCUGAUUAAGUGGCGGUGUUCAUUAGCUGACCUUUCAAGAAUCGAAAUGUGAUGGACAAAUGACCUCUACUUCGGACUCUCCGGACUAUUAUUUCCUUGGAGCAAAUGAUUAUAAGUCUGCCCAUCUGACUUCGGUUUAUCGGGGGAAUCGGGGAGGCAUAUAUUAACAGCCAAGAACAUCCCGCUGUUGCACGUGCUUGAACUAUAUUGAGGGGAGAGAAGAACGGUUGAUUUCGUUCUUAGGCACUAACUGCCGAACAACGGUAGUUCGACGACCGUAAAGUUGAUGCGAUUUCACAUGGGAAACUAUUGAUGGAUAAUUUCAAUCUGCAUAUGUAGCAAGAUAGCACCAGCUGCGGAACAUUUAUGACAUGCCCGAAGGAUGUGAUGAGAAUACCUGUGCCCGGAUGAGCAGCGCUUUCGGCACGGCGUGCCUUUUGUAAUGAUGUUCAUACAGGGACAAGGGAAGAAGUAGCGAACCAUGAUACAGAAUAGAUACCCAUUCCCUGACUGCUGAUAUGACAGCCCUCGCAGCAGUUUGACUCACAGAUUCAUUAAAUGCACUUGACCA